AUGGGAAAGGCUGCGGAUCUAAGCGACUAUGAUAGAGGGCAGAUUGUAAUGGCUCGAAGGCUCGAAACAAGUAUUUCAGAAACUGCACGACUCGUGGGUUGUUCGCGACCUACAGUUGUUAGAACUUAUGCAAAGUGGAUGAAUGACGGUGAAACCAGCAGUAGACGACAUGGUAUUGGACGUCCACACACUAUCGAAGAGAAAGGUCGUCGGAGACUGUCUCGCAUGGUGAAGCAAAACCAGAGCCAGACAGUUGCUCAGCUGACAGCCCAAUACAAUGCAGGGCCAAGUAGAAUAGUAUUGGAGCAUACUGUUCAGCAGAGACUGUUGGAUAUGGGGCUACGCAGUAAACGUCCCACUCGUGUGCCUUUGCUGACCAAGCGUCACCGCCAACUGCGCCUGCGCUGGACCCGGGAACAUCGCGACUAG